AUGGCUUUCUUGUCCGGAUUACUUCUCCUUGCCCGCCUUGAUUGGAUUGGCUAUUUUUUUUUCUUUGAACCCCAUGCAUCUCAUGACCAAUCUAUUCUACUCGCCAUAAACCUCUACGCCGCUCUCGCGCAACCGAACGACACCGCCGCCACUUCAGACCAGUUGCUCACGCACCAAACCAUGACUUUGGGCCAUUCGCGCCAGAUUGGCGGGCCUUUUGAUUCGGAAAACUCAAUUGAUUCCUCUCUCAUUUGUGACUCUACCAGCGAGCGAGCAUUUUGGAAUUUUGUGUUGGUUGGUAUAUUCCUGGAAGCCAACGAGUACACGCUUGUUGCAUGGUGCGCUUCUGCUUUCGACUGUGAAAGGACGGUAUUGGGAACGGCGGCCAGAUGA